AUGUCAGCAGAGAAAAAGUCGCUUUAUAGCGACUACGAAGAAGUGCCCGAGAAGCCCUAUGUGGUGCAAAACUCCAAGUACCUUCUGUGGAUGUACAAGCUCGAUAAUCUCGGGGUUGAGAUCCGGGGCAUAGAAAGAGUCACUCUGGACGAGAGGGCUACAAACAGCAAGUGGAAGCUGUUUAUGCAAGUGAUUGGUCUCUGGUUCGCAGCAUGUGGCGGUGUUACGACGAUGUCGUCAUUUUUUUUGCCCACUUUGGCGUACUACUUGGACAUGAAGUCGUCUCUCAUAGCUGCCCUUAUUGGUGUAAAUGUGGGUAACCUUGUUCCCGCCUACACUUCCACGAUGGGACCGCAGUCCGGGUGCCGUCAAAUGGUCACUGCCAGGUUCCUCUUUGGACAGUGGUUUGUUAAGGUUAUUGCCAUCAUAGUCAUUAUUGGAGGUAUUGGCUGGUCGGUGAUCAAUUGUGUUGCUGGUGGGCAGCUUAUACUGGCGAUCAGCAACGCAGGUCUCGAAGUGGGUAUUGUGGUUAUCAUGAUUGUCAGCUGGAUCAUUGGCGUGUUUGGCAUUCGGGUACUUCUCAAGUUCCAGACGACGUUGGCGAUCCCCACAAACGUAGCAAUUCUUCUAUUCUACAUAGUGGUUUGUAAAAAGACAAGCCACAUUGCAGACACAAACCAGGCUAUCGGAGACAUGAACAUGGAUCUGCAGACGAACGCAGGCCACUGGCUUUCGGUGUUUGCUCUUGCGUACUCAGUGACAUCAACAUGGGGACUGGGCGCUGCUGAUUACUAUAUCCUCUUCCCCGAAGGAACACCCGACUGGCAAGUGUUUAUGCUCACGUUUUUGGGGAUUGCCAUCCCUUCAAAUUUUGCUGCUGUGUGCUCAAUAAUAGCAGGCGCCAUCACAUUCACAUACCAUCCGUGGCUUACGAAUUACGAUGCCUACGGUAUUGGCGGUAUCUUUGCUCUGGCAUUCGAGCCUUGGCACGGGUUUGGGAAGUUUGUUGUAGUCGUAUUGUACAUCUCCCUCAUGUGCAACAACAUCAUGAACACUUACUCAUGUGCCUUGGAGUUCCAGCUCAUCGACACGAGAUUGGCAUAUGUGCCUCGGUGGGUUUGGGUUACUGUUGUGGCGGUCAUUUAUCUCGUGCUUGCCUUGGCUGGCAAAGAGCAUCUCAACAACAUCUUGAGCAACUUCUUGCCAAUGCUUGGAUACUGGAUCACAAUGUACAUAACAUUGCUUUUGGAGGAGAAUUUGAUUUUUAGGUCUACGCAAGCAGCGAGGCGCCUUCACUACAACGAAUUCGACGUUGAAGGUGGAGAAAAGAUAACGAUGUUGUACAAUUGGGCGAAUUGGAACAGGCCAAACAGAAGAAGCAUAGGUCUUGCUGCCACGUUUGCCUUUUUGUGUGGUGUAGCAGGCGCCGUGCUUGGAAUGAACCAGGUGUACUACGUUGGUGUUUUGGCAGAAAAGAUUGGCCAUGAUGGGGCAGACAUUGGUAUGUGGUUAUGCAUUGGUUUCACGGGCUUGACAUACCCACCAAUGCGGUAUUUCGAGUUGAAGAAGUUCGGCCGCUGA